UUUUAGCUAAGAAAAAAAAGGAAGGAAUAAAAGGUGGCUUGGAUGAUGAAUUUUGCAGAAAAAGAAAAAGCGAUUUAAAAACUGAGGUAAACCCUAAACCAGUGAAGAAGAAAGUGAAGAAGAAAAUGGUUGGAGCCAGAAACUUGAUCGUUCGAUCAAUGGCACUUCGUCAUGCAAUCAAGAACACUGUUCGUCCUUUCUUAACCAACACCAACAUCCAUUCACGCAUUACCAAUUCAUCUCUCUUCGCCGCCACAAUCGCCUCUUCCUCUUACUCCUCUCACCUCUCCUUCCACCAAUCUCGUUCCCUUGCCUCCGCUUCAGCUUCUCCUGGUGUUGUUGUUGUUAAUACUGCGGAAGAGUUCAAUAAAAUCCUUAGCAAAGUUCAAGAUGAUUCCUUGCAUGCCAUCUUCUAUUUCACUGCUGUUUGGUGUGGACCUUGCAGGUUCAUUUCCCCUAUAGUUGGAGAGCUCAGUACGAAGUACCCAAAUGUGACAACUUAUAAGAUUGACAUUGAUCAGGAAGCAAUUCAAGACACAUUGAGCAGGUUGCAGAUUACAUCUGUGCCAACACUUCAUUUCUUUCAAAAUGGGAAAAAGAUCGAUGAACUUGUAGGUGCAGAUGUUACACGUCUGAAUCAUAUUACGGAGAAACUCUUCAAGAAGGACUGAGUCUGAUUUUGAGGUGGGAACUGCUGAUGUCCGAUUGAGUACAAAAUGAUAAAACUGGAACUUCUUAGAUGUUCUUUAGGUGUCACUAGUUUGAUUACAAAUGGCCUUGCCUAACUUUGAAGUGUUAUUUGUGGCAUUCAUUUUAUUGUAUUUUUAAAUCUCUACAAGAUAUUAUAAAGAAUUUGCAUACUUGUGUGCAGGACAGAGGAUAUUUGCAAUAUGUUAGUAUUUCUUAUGUACAUACAGAAAGAAUACUGUGAAAUUGAAAAUUAUUGAAACCUACAUCAUUUAGUGUUA